AUGAGCCAAGCGUUCAUAUGCCUUCAUUUCUCAUUGACGUCUGUCGCCUCCCCCCAUGUGACGUCUGUCGCUCCCCGUGUGACGUCGGUCACCCCUCCCCGUGUGACGUCGCCCCUUCCCUCCCGUGUGACGUCUGUCGCCUUCCCUCCCCGUGUGACGUCUGUCGCCCCCCCCCCGUGUGACGUCUGUCACCUUCCCACGUGUCACUUCUUUUGCUUGUCACCUUGUCUAUCUUUUGCCAUGGCCUCGUCUUUCUUUCUCUUAUUGCUAUUUUUCAUUCCAUUCUCUCUCCCCCCUCCUCUUAAAUUUAUAUAUGCUUUACAUCAUCACACAUUGUUUUAUUUCCAUCUAAUCCUUUCUGUCAGUUUUUUUUCUUCUUUAAUGUCAGAUUGUGGCAAUACACCAUUCAUUACUCAACACCUGUGCACCUGGUGUGCAGUUCUUCACUGCUGGGUGCCAAAAUAA